GUUUCCCCCAAUCUUUUCCUUCUCUCUUGUGCUAUUGAGAACGUUGGGAUCUCAGGCUUCUCCUCUUUCUGAGCCGUCGCUUCUGCAUAAACAACUUAAUUAGCUCUCAGGACCGGACUGUGUGUACGGACAUGGAAGGAAGAGGCGGAGGAGCAGGAGCAGGAGCGCCGUACAGCCCACGUACUGUGGAUGAGGUUUUCAGAGACUUCAAGGGCCGCCGAGCCGGCAUGAUCAAAGCUCUUUCCACUGAUGUUGAAGAUUUUUACGAGCAAUGCGAUCCUGAGAAGGAAAACCUUUGUUUGUAUGGAUUCCCAAAUGAAGAAUGGGAAGUUAAUCUACCUGCUGAGGAAGUUCCUCCUGAACUUCCGGAACCUGCUUUGGGCAUCAACUUUGCCAGAGACGGGAUGCAAGAAAAGGAUUUUUUAUCUCUGGUAGCUGUUCACAGCGAUGCAUGGCUACUUUCAGUGGCUUUCUAUUUUGGUGCCAGAUUCGGUUUUGAUAAGGCUGACAGGAAACGUCUCUUCACUCUGAUGAAUGAUCUACCAACAAUAUUUGAGGUUGUGACGGGCAGUGCAAAGAAACAAUCAAAGGAGAAGUCAUCAGUUACAACAAAUCAAAGCAUCCAUAGGCCUAAGUCAAGCUCUAAAGGGCGAGGCUCUGAUUCAAGCAAACAGUCGAAAGUGAUGCCAAAGGAUGAAGACGAGGGAAUGGAUGAGGAAGAUGAUGAUGACCACAGCGAUACUCUGUGUGGUGCAUGCGGGGAGAACUAUGCUUCCGAUGAAUUCUGGAUUUGUUGCGACAUAUGUGAGAAGUGGUUUCAUGGAAAGUGUGUGAAGAUCACUCCUGCCAGAGCUGAGCACAUCAAGCACUACAAGUGCCCCUCGUGCAGCAACAAGAGAGUGCGGCCUUGAUCGUAGUACAAGGUGUAAUUAUGUCGAGUUGGAUAGAGCUAACUAUUUAGUUAAGUUUUCUGCUCAUGAGCCAUGGUGACAUAGCCUUUCCACUUAGUACUUUGUUCUUGGUGAUCUUGCUGUUUGGAUGAUAUUAAUGUUUCCUAAUGUGAACUUGCGCUUUAUGAUUUGACUUUUUCAUACAUUUAUUCUGUCAACUGUGGAAGCCCCUAAAUUAUUCUGUCUAAUUUCGACA